UUCAGUUGCUAAUUACCAGCCAUAAAGUCGGGACGUGGUCUCCGCCAAAAGAUGGGUUUCCAGUUGUAUUAUAUACUGGGUUUGCUCAGUGUGACGAGCCUGGCCCAUGCCGCCAGCAAUCUGAUUUGUUACUAUGACUCCACCUCGUACUUGCGCCAGGGUUUGGCCAAGAUGCAUACCAACGAACUGGACUUGGCCCUGCAGUUUUGCAGCCACUUGGUUUACGGAUAUGCGGGCCUGAAGCCCGGCAGCCUCGAGCUGUUCAGCCUGAAUGUGGAUCUGGACAUGUUCUACUACAAGGACAUAACCGCGCUGCGACAAAAGUAUCCGAAGCUGAAAAUCCUGCUCAGCGUGGGCGGAGAUCGCGACGUGGAUGCGGACCAUCCCAAUAAAUAUGUGGAGCUCCUGGAGGCGAAUCGCACUUUCCAGCAGAACUUUAUUGACAGCAGCAUGAUUUUGCUGAAGAGGAACGGAUUCGAUGGCCUGGAUCUCGCGUUCCAGUUGCCCCGCAACAAGCCCCGAAAGGUCCAUGGAUCCUUUGGGUCUUUCUGGAAGUCAUUCAAGAAGUUCUUCACUGGCGACUUUGUUGUGGAUACUCGGGCGGCAGAGCACAAGUCGCAGUUUACCGAUCUCGUGGGCAAUUUAAGGAAUGCUUUCCGAUCUGCCAAUCUCAUGCUUUCCCUCACAGUCCUGCCCAAUGUGAACUCCACUUGGUACUUUGAUGUGCCCAAGCUGCAUCCCCAGUUCGACUACAUCAACCUGGCCGCCUUCGACUUUCUCACGCCCUUACGGAAUCCGGAGGAGGCGGACUUCACCGCUCCGAUUUUCUUCCAGGACGAGCAGAAUCGCUUGCCCCACUUGAAUGUGGAGUUCCAGGUCAACUACUGGCUGCAGAAUCAGUGUCCGGGCCAGAAAUUGAACCUGGGUAUAGCCAGUUACGGAAGGGCUUGGGCUCUAUCGAAGGGAUCCGGACUUAGUGGAGCUCCCAUUGUGCACGAGACAUAUGGACCUGCAGCCGGCGGAAUACAAAUCCAGAGCACUGAGGGCCUGCUCAGUUGGCCGGAGAUUUGCUCCAAGUUGUCGCAGAACGCAUCCGCUCAAUAUAGAGGUGAAUUGGCUCCGCUCCGCAAGGUGACGGAUCUUACCCAGAAAUACGGAAACUACGCCCUCCGGCCGGCGGAUGAAAGGGGAGAAUUUGGCGUCUGGCUGAGCUUCGAUGAUCCGGAUUUCGCUGGAAUAAAGGCCAUAUAUGCCAAGAGCAAAGGACUCGGCGGUGUCGCCCUCUUCGACUUGAGUUACGACGACUUCCGUGGACUUUGCACUGGCCAAAAGUUCCCCAUUGUGCGCUCAGUAAAGUACUUUAUGGGAUAAAUCAUUUGUUCGUUAUCGCUAAUAGCCUUGUAUGUUAAGAUUUUAAAUAAAUGUUACAAUUAAAUAACAAAU